AGAACUUCGGUUCGGAUUCAAUUGCACCGUGUUUGGGUGCAGUCGCAAGUUUUGGAAACCCCAUGAAAUCAAGGUCACACUAUGGUGGUUUUGCGGGUAUGGAGUUCCACUCCCGGCUUGGACCUAAGAAUAUGGAAUAUGGCUUCCUGAUUUUGCUCCUCUUCUUUCCUCACACCUCUGGUAAAUCCAGUGGAGUGUGUGUUUCUCAAGGGGGUCGUUUCCCUCCAUUCAAAUUUGAGGGAAACCCUCCCAGAAAGGGUCCUAAAGAUUUGACCCUUUGCCGUGUUUUUCGUAAAAAGACUUGCUGUGAUGUAACCCAUACAUAUCCUGCACUGCUGUCUGUAAGGAAGCUUGCUUCUACUGGGGAAGCUAGCCAAGAGUGCUUGCACUUAUGGGAACUGUUGGAAUGUUCCAUAUGUGAUCCACAUGUUGGUACCGAGCCUGGACCUCCUCUUAUUUGUGCAUCUUUAUGUGAGAGAAUUUACGACGCAUGUUCAAAUGCUUACUUCUCUAUGGAUGUUAAAACACAGAUUCUAGCACCUUGUGGAGUAAAUGACUUUGUAUGUGGUAGGGCUGCUGAAUGGGUCUCCAAUGGUACAGAUCUUUGUCUUGCUGCAGGUUUUCGAGUGAAGCCAUCCGGUAUUGUACAUAUUGCCUCAAAAGAAGAUUCCUGCUAUGGUGAUAAAGCAAGUCUAGGUUCAGUUGCUGAUUCGUGGAAGGCUUCACAGUUUGAGUUGACCAAGCAAGGUGAGGGCUUGAGGAUGUUUGAUGAUUUCCAACAAUGGGUAAGGGAAAUGCCAUUCGGUGAAAGAGUUUCUUGGGCUAUCGGAGGGAUGGUUCUGACAGCAGGGUUACUGUUUAUAAGCCAAAGGAAAAGCCAUAGCCAACGCCAGAAACUAGCAGCUAUAAAGCGAACUGCAAGGAAGUUGGAAGGCAAGAUGGCGGAGCAACGGUCUUCUAAUGCACAAGAACAUAGGAGAAGAAUUUCCAGAUGAGUGUUCCUUGUAUGUGAUAUUGUGAACAUACUUAAUCGUGCUAAUCUGUGGGUGAAUCUCGAGUUCUUAUUUAAAAUAAUUAAGUGAAGUCUUACUUAGUAUGUGCUUUCAACGAUCUUCCCUUCUUUCUGUUCAUAUAUACUUUGAUCUUUGAUUUUUUUCCCCUUUAAAAUGGGUUUUGUUUAAAACAAUGUAUAAAUUGGUUAUAAAAGAGUUCG